AAAAUCCGUCUCUUCUAAACUAAUCACGACAUCUACGAUCUUAAAAAUCCCCCCAAAACCCAGAGCCAAAACCCUCACCCAGACCAAACCGAUCGAUCAUCAUGGCGGCGGCGGCGGCGGCGGCGGCGGCUGCGGCGUGCCGCAGGGCCGUCUCCUACACCCUGCGCGGUCCGCCGGCCGAGAGCCUCGCCGCAACGGCAGCUGCGGCCGCCACCGGCGACCAGUUCGUGGACCUGCUCGACGCCAACUUCAACAAGCCUGCCCCGACGCCGCCGGCGAAGACGUGCACGGAGAACAACUCCCCGACGUUCGCCACCUCGGGUGACCCCUGCCUCGACUUCUUCUUCCACGUCGUUCCCGACACCCCGGCCGAGACCGUGUCAUCUCUCCUCGCAAACGCCUGGGCCGCCGAGCCUACCACCGCGCUCCGCCUCGCCUGCAACCUCCGUGGCGUGCGCGGCACCGGCAAGUCCGACCGGGAGGGGUUCUACGCCGCCGCGCUCUGGAUGCAUGGCUCCCACCCCGCCACGCUCGCCCUCAACGCGCGCCCGGUGGCCGAGUUCGGAUACCUCAAGGACCUCCCCGAGAUCCUCCACCGCAUCAUCCAUGGCGGUGUCUCCACCACCGCCAGCACCCCAAAGAAGCAGUGGAGCGAAGACUCGGAAGAGUCCAUGUACGGGGGUACGAGCGAGGCGCGCAUUGCUGCCAGCCUGAAGCGCGACCAGGAGGAGGCCGCCCAGGCCGCCGUCGAGCGCAGGAAGAAGCGCGCGGAUGCAGCGGCGAGAGCCGUCGAGAGGUACGCCCGGGACCCGAACUACCGCCUCCUGCACGACAUGACGGCCGACGUGUUCGCCGCCCUACUCGCUGAGGACAUGAAGAAGCUCUCGGAUGGCAACAUCGACCUCUCGCUUGCCGGAAAAUGGUGCCCGUCGAUCGACAGCUGCUACGACCGCUCCACGCUCAUCUGCGAGGCCAUCGCGCGCCGCCUCUUCCCCAAGGGCUCGGCGCCCGAUCUUCCCGAGGACUUGCCGGACGCGUACUAUGCCUACCGCGCGCGAGAGCGCCUCCGCAAGGACGCGUACGUGCCGCUGCGCCAUGCCCUCAAGCUCCCCGAGAUCUUCAUCUCGGCGCGCGCGUGGGGCGAGGUGGUGUACACGCGCGUGGCCUCCGUCGCGAUGAAGAACUACAAGGACCUCUUCCUCGAGCACGACGAAGAUCGUUUCAACAGCUACCUCGCCGACGUCAAGUCCGGCAAGGCGAAGAUCGCGGCGGGCGCUCUGCUGCCGCACGAAAUCCUGAAGUCCGCCUACGACGACGAUGGAGCCGCGGACCUGCAGUGGAAGCGGAUGGUUGAGGACCUGCUGGCGCUGGGCAAGCUCAACAACUGCCUCGCCGUCUGCGACGUGUCGGGCAGCAUGAACGGCCUCCCCAUGGACGUAUGCGUCGCGCUCGGCCUCCUCCUCUCCGAGCUCUGCGACGAGCCAUGGCGCCACCGCGUCAUCACCUUCAGCGGGCAGCCGCAGCUGCACCACAUCUCCGGCGACACCCUCGCGGAGAAGACACAAUUCAUACGCGAGAUGCAAUGGGACAUGAACACCGACUUCCAGGCGGUGUUCGACCAGCUCCUGCGCGUGGCCGUCGCCGGCAAGGUCCCUCCGGAGCGCAUGGUGAAGAAGGUGUUCGUGUUCAGCGACAUGGAGUUCGACCAGGCGUCGUCGAGGCCGUGGGAGACCGACUACGAGGCGAUCACGAGGAAGUAUUCUGAGGCCGGGUACGGCGACGCCGUGCCGCAGAUCGUCUUCUGGAACCUGCGCGACUCAGACUCGGUGCCGGUGACGGCGCAUCAGAAGGGGGUGGCGCUCGUGAGCGGCUUCUCCAAGAAUAUGGUGAAGCUGUUCCUCGAGGGCGAAUACAUCCUGUCACCGAGGGCCGUCAUGGAGAAGGCCAUCGCUGGGCCGGAGUACCAGAAGCUCGUUGUGUUCGACUGAAUAGUAGACUGUGCUAAGAAAAAAACUGAAGAAUAGCACGAGUGAGUGAGCGUGACUGCUUGCCAUGGUUUUCUCUGUAGCUGUUUCCAUUCCAUUCUGCUGAAGAAAUUGCAGGCGGCAACUCUCUCUAUAGUUUAGAGCUGUCCAUGAAACGCACUUUAAACUUUUCAUCUCAUAUUUGUUAUUGUCUUUUUGGACAAAUGCAAAAAGGAA